UUCAUUCAAGGUUAUAUAGUAACUUUCUUUGAGGUUAUACGUCAUUUUUUUUAUCGAGAUUAUUUUUACACGAUUAUAUGUACGAGUAUAUUAAACUUGCUAAUGACACAUAUUUUUUAAAUGUUUUAAUACUUUGAUAUAUGUAAUAAACAUAUUCACAAUUUUGAAUUUUAAGUGAUGUGAUUAUAAAUUUAAUGAAUUGUAAGAAAUAUGAAUUGUAUUCUAUCAUAGUCAUAAGCUUUUGAAAUAUUAUAAAUUAUUCAAAUUGAAUUUUUUUUUUCAAUUUAAAUUUUCAAUAUAUUGUCUGAUAAUAUUUAUAAUAUUUAUAAAACUAUGAACAAAAAGAAAAACCAAGAAACUUUGGAGAAGGAACAGCUUCAAUUGCUCAGCAAAACGGAGCUGAUAGAAAAAAUAAUAAAAUUGGAAGAAGAAAAUAAACAACUGAAAGCAGUAAAUGAAAAAUCAAAGAAUAAAAAUACUAUUCGUAAAUUACAAAAACCAUUUGACUUUUCAAAAUGCAGUAAGAGGCAUAUUCUUUUGAAAUUUUACUAUCUUGGAUGGGAUUAUAAUGGUUUUGUUGUACAAGAGAGCAUUGAUAAUACAAUUGAGGAGCACUUAUUUGAGGCAUUAAUAAAAAGUUGUUGUAUAGAAUCGCGUGAAACAUCAAAUUACCAUAGAUGUGGAAGAACAGAUAAAGGUGUCAGUUCAUUUUCACAAGUGAUUUCCAUAGAUUUAAGGAGUAAAUUAAAUCCAGAAGAUCAAUAUAAAUUAGAAGAUGAACUUCCAUACUGCAAAAUAUUAAAUAGAUUACUUCCUUCUAAUAUAAGAUGUAUUGCGUGGUGUCCAAUACCUAGUGAUUUUUCAGCAAGAUUUAACUGUAAAUUUCGAACAUACAAGUACUUUUUCCCAAGAGGAAAGUUAGACAUAAAUUUAAUGGAUAAAGCUGUUAAAUAUACUAUAGGAGAGCAUGAUUUUCGAAAUAUUUGUAAAAUGGAUGUUGCCAAUGGUGUUAUUAACUAUCUAAGAAAAGUUAUCAAUGCAGAAGUAUGUAUGUAUCGUCGAGAUUUUAGAAAUGUUUCAGGAUAUGAUGUGUGCCAAUUAAUUAUAACAAGUCAAGCAUUUUUAUGGCAUCAAAUUCGGUGUUUAAUGGGUGUUUUGUUCCUUAUUGGUCAAGGAAAGGAAGAGCCUGAGAUUAUUUUAGAGCUUUUGAAUAUUGAAAAAUAUCCUAAGAAACCACAAUAUAAUUUAGCUCAUGAAAUACCAUUAAACCUUUGGUAUUGUGAGUAUGAUACUAAGGAAUGGUACAUUGAUAAAAAUGAAUUAAUAAAUACAAUAAAAUUUCUACAAAAGGAUUGGACUUUGAAUACGAUAAAGUCAGUCAUGAUUGAAAAUAUGUUAUCAGAUUUGGAAGAUUCAAUAGACUGUAAAGAUAUAUUUUUUCAAAGCGAUUGUUUAUUACUUGGUAUACAACCUAGAAUGUAUCAACGAUUAAUGAAACGACCCACUUGUGAGAGUUUGGAAAGUAAAAUAAAACACUACGAAAGUAAGAAAAAGAAGAAAGAGAAGCCAGAAAAGAACGAUGAUAAAUAA